CAAGAAGAAGAUGUUCCAGUCUUGGUUGAUGCAAUACUUCCAUUAUCUGCAGCUGCCAUGGCUUUGCCACCUUUAUCUAUUCGAGGUGAUUUGGGAGUUGUUUCUACUGCUGGAGUUAGAUAUGCAUAUCCACUCCUAAAAUCAUUUGCAAAAAUGGGACCUCAAGGUGUUCUUGGUGCCACAAAGCUUUUACGCCCUUUUUCAGAAAUAGUUGAUUCAUUGGGACUCAAAGAUCCUUUCAUUAGAAAUUGGGUGGAUCUUUUGUCUUUCUUACUUGCUGGAGUGAAAUCCGAUGGUGUUCUUUCAGCAGAAAUGAUUUAUAUGUUUGCAGAAUGGUAUAAACCAGGUUGUAGUUUAGAAUACCCUGUUGGUGGAACUGGAGCACUUGUUGAGGCUCUUGUUCUCAGAUUUUCCUUUUGA